AGGGCCUUAGUUGACUAUCAGAUUUCGUGAUCUUGAGCCCUACGGACCGCGAAUAACGAAACCGCGAAAUUUUCGUGAAUCUUAUUGCAGGAAUCCGCGUUAGCGUUGAAAAGUCAAUAAGAGAAUUUCUAUCUUUUUAAUAAGAACCCUAUUGCAGGAAUCCGCGUUUGCGUCGAAAAGUCAAUAGGGAAUAUUUAAACUAAAAAUCUAUUUAAAAAUCAUUCAAUCUUACUGCAGGAAUCCGCGUUUGCGUUGAAAAAUCAGUUAGAUCUUUAAAAUAAAAUUCUAUUAAAUUCAGUUAUUGCAGGAAUCCGCGUUUGCGUUGAGAAGUCAAUAACUGAAUCCAAAUUAUUUAUUAAAAAUUCUCAAACAACUGUUAAAAAUUCGGUUCGAUUGAAUAGUGAUGCAAAAUAAAAAUAAAUUGUAAUCCAAUCUCGAGUCGUUUCAGUUCUGCGCAUAAUAGCUUUCGGGCCCAAUAAAGACGCAUAAUACAAUAAAAUUGGAUUCAUAAAAUUUGUGAAAAGUAUAGUGUAUAAGUAAAGUUCAAUUAAAAAUAUUGUAAUUGAAACGUUUAAUAAAAAGUCUAGAGAUCAUAACUUCAAUCUUCAGAGUUUCAUUCGAAAGUAGCACAUAAGAUUUUAUCCUACAACCCCAGCCGCGCCUAUUCAACCAAAUCCACUCAGGAGGAGGCCGAGUGAGCUGCAAAGUUUGGAGGGAUAAAAGCCUGCCGUGUUAGAAGAAAGAAUCAUCUAAAGAUCAAUUAGCGCCAACAACAACAACAACCCAAAAAGUAGUUAUUGAUGGUCAAUUACAGACUGUUGCUCAUGGAUUAAAACAAAUAGAUCGUGAAGUUAAAAAUCAAUCCAUUGAACGUUUUCCUGGUGGUAGACCGACAGGUGAUAAAGAUUUACUCAAUAAAAAUAAAUCAAGCAGCAAAGCAGAACCAAGUUCAACAAUGGAAACAAUUCACAGUGAUAAUGAAGUACCGACUAGUUCUCAGGGAUCAAAACAUCGAUAUCACCAACAUAAGGAGCAAAUUAGAGAUUCUUAUGAUACUGAAUUGAGCGAAAAAAAAUCAAACAAACGAAAAGGAACUGGUGCUGAUAAAAAAGAAGCAUCUAGUCAACGAUCUCACAAAUCCAAAAAAUUAAGAAGAGAAAAAUCCAGUUUAAGCGAUGAUUCAAGUGACACUAGCAGUAACUUGAAUGAUAAAAAACUCUUCGAAGAAUUUUUGAAAUGGCAUCAGAAAGAAACGAGUAGGAGUAAGAGCAGGAGUGAAAGUAAAAGUAGGAGUAAGAAACAUCGGAAGGACAAAAAGCCAACGGCAAAGGAGGUAGAAUUAGUCGAAAAAUCUGGAAUAAUUGUAAAUCGAUUUAAAUUGGAUCUAAUUACGGAAAGUUAUAGAAAAAAUCCCAGAGAAAUGACUCGUAAAUUAUUCAAAUUGAUUAUUGACAUAGAGGAGUUAGCCAAGAUGACGAUCGCUAAAACAAAAGGACGAGAACUAAUGCCUGAAAAAUAUCUCGAAGCUGGUUCGAAUAUGGGACGAUCCAUACUGCAAAUGGCAGAGAGUUGACUGCGGCAGAAUUUAAAAAUUGUGUAGGAAGAAUGCUUUCCACCAUUCGUGAGGGUUUAAAAAGCAACAAUGAGCCUAAAAAUGAUGAUAAAAAACAAAAUGAAGAUGAUGCUAAUAAGAACGAUAAUACUGAUGUUGAAAACGAUUCUCAAAGUGAUUCUUAAAAGUUAUAAUUUCUCACUUUUUUUUUGUUAUUUAACAGUUCUACAUGUUGCUAUUUUUCAAUGUUAAUUUAGUUACUGUUCUAAACCCAAAAUGUUGAUUGUAGUUUAUUAUUCUCUUGCAAUGACUCAUAAUUAAUUAACUUAAAAAACUGUAUUGCUUUAAACUUUUUCAAAAAAUAAAACAUG